UUUAGGAUAAAACGAACUACUCAUAAGCAAUUUGAGGUAAUGGUGAAGUUGCUGGAAAGAAAUCCUGAGUUAGCCAGAGGAAUGGCGCCGCACAUGUUUCUAGACAAUGAAUACGGUUUAAUUUAUCACGUUUGGUUGGACUACAAAUUAAAAUUAAAAAGAAAAAUUGCAGAAAAUUGGAAAGAGAUUGCAGCCACAGGUAGAGGACCUUACACCCAACGCAGCUUAACGCCUUUGGAGCAGGCCGUGGACGAGUUGCUCAGCUUGCAGCAGGCAGUGAAUCCAAACGGAGCCGCAUUUGGAAGCACUGCACCUGCACCAGCAUAUUUAGAGGAAGAACACACACAUCUGGAAGAUGUCGAGGUUCAGCCUGAACAGGCGGAAGAAAUUGGAAACGUUAGCAUAAGGUCCAGGCAGGCACUUACAAACAGAGUGAAGGAGCGCGAAAAUUUGCUUAUAAAGACUUGGGAGAAGCAAGCAGAAACGCAAGAAAGCCUUAUCGGCAUAAUGAAAAAUAUUAAUUCGCAAUAG